AUACUCGUGGAGAAGUUUUAAGUUUGCAUUGAGCUCUAAUGGCAGCUUCAGCGACCAAGCUAUGGAGAAGUCUGCAACAAAGACGCACCUUCGUGAACGCGAGGGUCAAAUGGGUCUCUGACCCGUACCUCGACGAAGCUGUUCAGCGAGAGAAAAACCUCAAGCAACUUCUCUCUCUCAAGGAUCGAAUCGUAUCUUCCCCAUCGAAAUCGGUCCUUCUCUCUUCCCUCUCGCUCCUCAAGCCUCUCGUCAAUCUCCACAUAACCGCCGCCGCGUUUUUCCAGAAAUACCCUUCUGUCUUCACCAUAUUUCAGCCAUCCCCUUCUCUUCCUCUCCAUGUCCGCCUCACUCCGCAAGCCCUUCUCCUCCACAAAGAAGAAGAAGAGACGAUUCACCUAUCCCCGCCUCACCGUAACGCCACCGUUCAGCGUCUGACGAAAUUCUUGAUGCUAACAGGAGCAGGAAGCCUUCCUCUCAGUAUCGUGGAUCGUUUCAGGCUCGAUCUAGGUCUCCCUCACGAUUACAUUACUUCGCUGAUCGGGGAUUACCCGGAUUACUUUGAAGUAACGGAGGUGAAUGAUCGGUUUACGGGUGAAAAGUCGCUCGCUUUGGCGCUUUCUUCGCGGCGGAGCAAACUCGCCGUGUCGGAAAUGGAGAGAAGAGAAGCUACCAUCGAUGGGUCUCGCGUGAGAAAAGGGUUGCGCAUAAGGUAUUCGAUGAAUUUCCCCAAAGGGUACGAGCUGGAGAAAAAGGUGAAGACUUGGGUGGAGCAAUGGCAAAACCUUCCUUACAUCUCACCUUAUGAAAACGCAUUUCACUUGGGGCAGAGCAGUGAUCAGGCUGAGAAGUGGGCGGUCGCAGUACUCCAUGAGCUUCUAUGCCUCUUGGUGUCGAAGAAGACGGAGACAGACAAUGUGCUCUGCUUAGGGGAGUAUUUAGGGUUCGGAACAAGGUUCAAGAAGGCUUUGGUGCAUCAUCCAGGUAUAUUUUACAUGUCACACAAGAUUCGGACCCAGACUGUUGUCCUAAGGGAAGCUUAUCAUAAAGCUUUCUUGCUUGAGAAGCAUCCGUUGAUGGGGAUGAGACAUAGGUAUAUUUAUCUUAUGAGCAAAUCAGGGAGAGUAAAGAACCGAGAUUAUGUUCAUGGAACUAAGAGAAACAAACAAAGCUUGUGAUAAUAAUCCACGUUACAUAACAGCCGGUGCUCACAGAGACAGAGAAUGAAUGAGUUGCUUUAAUUGGUCAAGUUUUGUGUUUAGGAUCUGCAUCAGCUUCUUCCAAAGUCAGCUGGGAAACUAUAGUAAACUUGAAAGAUCUACUCGAGCGGUUUUGUUGUGAAAACCUGAAGGAUCCAUGUUGUGAAAACAUGGUGAUGGUUUUUAAAGUUCAGCAUCACGAAGCAGAGGAAGAGUUAAAACUUGAAACUCCACCCCGAGCAUAUUCUUCUGUACUAUCAUCUUCACUCAUCAAGUCUCCUUACUCAGUGAAGAGAGUUCCAGUAUUGUGAAAAUCGUAGGUCUAUCUUACACAAAGUCAACGUGGGGAUUUAUUCGACGACUUUCCAAUAUAUUUACUUUGUUUGUUCGAGGACAAUAAUUUAUUUUUAAAUAUUCCACCUUGUUGAGUGUAUUAUAAGGU